GAAAUGAAGAAUGAAAGCAAAAACAAAAUUUUUAAAAAGAAAGCUUCACCUAUCUUUCUUUCAUCUUCUUUCUCUUUUUCUCUUUCUCUUUCUCUUUCUCUUUCUUAGUUCUCUGGUAUUCUUCACCUCUGAUUUUGAUUCUCCACCAUAUAUUUCAAAAAACAAUCCACCAACCUUUACAAAAAGAUAAAGAGGGAUCCAAACUUAAAGACAUGGUUUUCUCAUCUGUUCCACUCUAUUUAGAUCAACCCAAUUGGCACCAGUUACAGCAACCAAACCAUCAAGAAGUAUGUGGUGGCGAAAAUUCUCAGUUUCAGCCGCCGCCGCCACCUCAAGUGGGUGUUGGUUGCGGUGGUGGUGGCUCAAUCAGACCUGGUUCGAUGGUUGAUCGAGCACGGAUAGCGAAGAUUCCUCAGCCAGAGGCAGGACUUAAGUGCCCGCGAUGCGAAUCAACCAAUACAAAAUUUUGCUACUUCAAUAACUACAAUCUCACGCAGCCCCGGCACUUCUGCAAGACGUGUCGCCGGUACUGGACACGAGGUGGUGCUCUAAGGAAUGUUCCGGUGGGUGGAGGCUGCCGGAGAAACAAGAAAAUCAAGAACAGUAGUAGCUCAAAAUCUCAGGUCACCGCCGAUCAAAAGGCAGUGGUAGGGCUUAAAUCCACAAGCCCAAGUCCAAGCCCCUCUAGCUGCAACAACAACACAGACAUGCCUAGUAGUCAUUUUACACAAUUACCCUUCAUGGAUUCGGCUUUACAAAACCUAGGUCAGUAUGGCGGUGGAGGGGGUAAUUUGGGUAUUAUUAGUGGUGGAUUUCAGGCACAAAUGGCGGCUACUGGUGGUGCUGGGCUGACGAGUUUAGGGUUUCAGAUAUCGGGUGGUGGAGGAGGAGCUGAUCAGUGGCGAUUGCCUUUCUUGACCGGUCUUGAAACUCCGGGGAUUUUUUACCCGCAUCAUCAAAGUGAAGUUGUUCAAAAUCGAUCUUCGGGACAGGUUGAGACGGUGGCACCACUGGGUGGUGGUGGUUCUGGUGUUGCUCUGGCGGCUGCUCCGGUGCAAAUGGAAGAGAAAAACCGAGGAGGGCUUAACUUGUCAAGACAGUUUAUGGGUAUUUUUGAGAAUAAUAAUAAUAAUAGUCAGUACUUGGGUGGGAAUACUUGGACUGAAAUUUCUGGAAUGAAUUCUUCUUAAAGACCAUUGGUACAAAGUUGAAUGACUGUUACAGUGAAGGACUGAAGCACCUUAAGUUUCAAGCUUCAUCGCCGGUGAAGAUAAUGAAACAACGAUGAAAUUGUGAGGGGUUGAUUGAGGAAGUACUUGUCUCAUCAUCGUCAUAUAUAACAUACUGGAGAAGAAGAACUGGUAGUGUUUGUGUUUUUUAUAUACUUAUGUGUGUUUUAUUUAUCUUGUUUUUUGUGUUUUUAAGAAGCACUUUUGUGUUGUGUGUUAGUGUAAAAUUGUGUGUUGGUAUAAAAAAGUGUGCGAUGAUUUGUGAUUUUGUUUAUCUAAAAUGAGCUGAUUUUCAUGGAAAA